UACUCCGUAGUAGCUAAUGACAGAUAGUUGACAAAAGAAAAACACUCUUUUGCAGCUAAGAUUUACUAUUCUUGUUCAACAUUAAUUGGUAGUUUUAGUACUCUCUUUAAUAAUAGUGGGUCAUGACUCAACACUCCUCCUUUCCAAUCUUUCUCUGCUUUAAAUUUUGUUGUUCCCUCUUUUCUCAAUUCCAUAUUUUUCUGAUGGGUCCUCUAAAUCUUUAAACUUGCUCCCACUAAAUAUAUACAAGUAUUUUCUACUCCUACCUAGUAGUAUAUUCUUCUGCUACAUAUCCUAAAUCACAUGUUCAUCUUCUUACAUCAUAAAUUAUUAAGCAAUUUCAAUAAUUUUCUUUAUCAAAAAUAGUAAAAGAUGAAUAAGGAGAUGAAUGGGUAUGAAGAAGAAGCAGUGAAGGAGAUGAGAAUAGAUUAUGUGUAUAAAGUAGUUGUGAUUGGUGAUUCUGCUGUUGGUAAAUCUCAAUUACUUGCAAGAUUUUCAAAGAAUGAAUUCUCUUUUGAUUCAAAGUCUACUAUUGGUGUUGAAUUUCAAACAAGAACUAUUACUAUUAAAUCCAAACUUAUCAAGGCUCAGAUCUGGGAUACUGCUGGCCAAGAAAGGUACAGAGCAGUAACAAGUGCAUACUACAGAGGAGCACUAGGGGCAGUAGUAGUAUACGACAUAACAAAAAGGCAAACAUUUGAUCAUGUAGCAAGAUGGGUAGACGAGCUUCGGGCCCACGCCGAUAGCUCGAUCGUGAUCAUGCUAAUCGGAAACAAGGCGGAUCUAGCGGAUAAAAGGGCGGUCCCUACAGAAGACGCGGUGGAAUUUGCACAGGAUCAGGGCUUAUUCUUCUCAGAGGCAUCAGCAUUGAGUGGUGACAAUGUGGAGACUGCAUUUUUCAGGGUGCUUGAGGAGAUUUAUAGUAAUGUGACUUCAAAGAAGGCCUUAGACUGUGAUUCUCCUAGAGGGAAUAAAUUGAAUGGACACGGUUCGGCUUCGUUACAGGGCUCGAAAAUCGAUAUUAUAUCUGGGUCGGAUCUUGAAAUUAGUGAGAUGAAGAAGUUGCCUUCUUGUUCUUGCUAAUUAAUGCUUGUGAUUCAACAGUUGAUCUGCCUAUUUGUUGUUCACUUGGGCACGAAAGUGUGAUGUCUAGUGAUCAAAGCUGUAAAAUGUGGUAAUUGUUACAUUUGAUCUCUAGUGUUUACACAAAAAUCAUAUCUGAAUAUCUGAUGAUCACUUGUGUACAAUUAUGUGAAUGUUGUCUGUACACUUAAUUGGUUAAUCUAAUGAUAAACCCCCAAAAGCUCCGCUUUA